CUCUUCGCACGAGGAAGCGCGGCUUGAGUGGUCCCAGGUCCUGCGGCUUUCAACAUGCCGAACGACAGCAAGCAAUGGUUUUGAUUACCGACCGGUCUUAUUAGGUUAUCGACGCUUGACGGACGGAUUGGGGCUCACGUGCCCGCCAUGGCGCCAUUCCACGAUCCCAGCCAUGGGUUCUUCAGCUCUCGUUUCUCUCAAAGGCUAGCGCUACCGAGAACAGACGAUAUGCAUCCGGAGCAUGAGGUAGACAUACUUAAGAAAAUCGCCCUCGGACUUGGCUCGUUCGGCAUCAUAUGCAGCUUGUUCGCAUUCUACUGGCUUGUCAGGAUGAGGCGGAGCUUCCGUCACGACUUGAUAUUUCUUCUCAUCCAAAGCGACCUGAUCAAGUCGCUAUGGUUCGUUAUAUUUUCCAUAGUGGACCACAUUCGGGGCCCCAUCACAUCCGACUCUGCGUUCUGCCAGGUCAGCGGCUUCUUCCUCGCCGUGGGCAUCGAGUCCUCUGACAUCGCGAUCCUCUUGAUUACUGUUCAUUCAGCGUUGUACAUCUUCCGGCCCAAAUCUGGGCUGUAUCCUUACCGUCGAUUUGCCUAUGCCGCAUAUAUCACCAUCCCGCUGCUCAUCGCGUCCCUGGCUUUCAUUGGCGGGCACGGUUAUGAGAACAUCGGCCACUACUGCUACCUCGAGAAUGGCCGGGGAUGGGAACGAGUCGCACUCAGCUGGAUCCCGAGAUACGUCAUAUCCGUUGUCGUCUUGCUUACAUACCUCUGCAUCUACGCUUAUGUUAGGAGCAUGAUGUUUCACCCCGGAAAGGAGAGCACUCGUCGUUUUAACCAAAACUGUCGAAGAGAUCACGGAAAUGGUAGAGAUGUUCCGCCAUCGCCAGGGAUCGAGCGCCAUGGACUCGUUCCCUCAACACCGAGCUCCGCGGGACGUGUCGACGUGGGGCCGACAGACGGGCGGCCAUCAGUCUCAUCCACCAACACUGCUGGGCUCGAUAGCUCCCAUCCCGACUCGGAGAGAGAAAGUCGCACACCUACUACGCAGCUAGAUCAGCGCCCAGAGAUCUGGAAUUGGCCCAGCUUUGCGCUAAAGAAACACCGUGUAACAUCGAGAAAGCACAGCGAUGCUCUCUCCUUGGUUCCAAACCCUUUGAAACCUCGACCAGGAAGCCAUACCCCGUCGGGGACGUACUCUAUAGAUGAUGACCCAUCCUUGUCUUCGACGAUAAGCACUCCACGCUCCGGCUGGCGCCGGCCCCUCUCCUCGGCCGCGGCUGGGAUGGCAGGCCACGAUGCUCUUAACCUUCAUACGAUACUGGCGGGGGAGACGGCUGGGAGCGGCGCUCAAACACCAACCCGCAUCUGCUCAAUGCUGCGGAAAGGCACAUGCGGCCCAUCGAGCGAGGACUCACCCGAAGCCACCACACCUGGAGCAAUCCAAGACGAUUCGGAGAUAGCCAGGAACCGGGAGAAGAUACUCCGCCAGUUCCGAUCGCUAUUCGUAUACCCGCUCGCAUACCUUCUGACCUGGAUCUUCCCAUUCGUCAGCCACAUCAUGGGAUUCGACGACAGCCUGAACGCCAACGAUCCGUUCUGGCUACUGGUCGUCUCCAUGGUCAGCCUGGGCAUACAGGGCGCGGUGGACUGUGCCGUGUUCACGAUACGCGAGGAGCCCUGGAAGCACACCCAGGGCGGGUUCUGGGAGUCCCUGGACCGGCAGCUGCGGAAGAGCUGGAGGACGGGCUGGAAAACGGCGCACGUCGUGGGCAGGACCAGGGAGGAGAUGCUGAUCGACGGGCGGAACGCCAGGGCGCGGAGGGAGGAAGAGAUGGCCGCCGAGAGAGUGGUCAUGAAGAACCAGGACACGGCGACGAAAGGAAGAGGGGGGAGGGAUUGGUGGGACGCUGAUCUGGAUGGGCCGGAAGACGGAGGGGAUGGGGAUGGGGAUGGGGAUGGGGAUGGGGAUGGGGAGGGAUAUGAGCGGACGAGGUGAUUGGUUUCGAGACCCACCGCGACGGAAGGCUCGUCUUACCCUCGACAACAUCAUGGCUCACGGAUUGGGCGUAUGGAGAAGGACUCAUUGAUAUAUACCCCCUGCCUGGCAACUGGGCUGCAUUGGGCUGGCACGCGUGCUUCGAGUUUGCUUUCGUUUCUUUGUCAUGUUUGGUUGACCUGGGAUCCUCGGCAUAUCUCGGCGUUCGACUGGGUCAU